CAAUGUAAUUGCAUUCUCGAUGCGACGUCGCCAGCAGCAGCAGCAGAACAGCGAUUGUGUGAAGAUUACAUUACGUUUAGGUGAAAGCCAAGUUUUCUGUAAAAUUACCCAAUGAACUAGUGCUACACAUAGGUAUACAAAAUUACCUUCCUUUAUAGUGGAAGCUUGAUUUACCCUACAAAUCGAUAGAAACUAAAUUAGAUUUGUACCUACGUAGGAUUUUGCAAGGAGACCUGAGUUUUCUUCAUCCCAUUUACACUACCAACGAAAAUGGCAACCCAAUUGAGCAAAAAGCGAAAGUUUGUAGCUGAUGGUGUGUUCUUUGCUGAACUGAAUGAGGUCCUAACAAGGGAACUUGCAGAGGAUGGUUACUCUGGUGUUGAGGUUAGGGUUACCCCAAUGCGCACAGAGAUCAUCAUCAGAGCCACUCGUACUCAAAACGUUCUUGGCGAGAAAGGAAGAAGAAUAAGGGAGUUGACCUCACUUGUUCAGAAGCGAUUCAAGUUCCCAGAAAACAGUGUGGAGCUUUAUGCUGAAAGAGUUAACAACAGAGGGCUUUGUGCCAUUGCCCAGGCUGAAUCAUUGCGUUACAAGCUUCUUGGAGGCCUUGCUGUCCGCAGGGCUUGCUAUGGUGUUCUGAGAUUUGUGAUGGAAAAUGGGGCAAAGGGUUGUGAGGUGAUUGUGAGUGGGAAACUUAGGGCUCAGCGUGCGAAAUCAAUGAAGUUCAAAGAUGGAUACAUGGUGUCAUCUGGUCAACCUGUGAAGGAAUACAUUGACUCUGCAGUAAGACACGUGCUUUUGAGACAGGGUGUUCUUGGUAUCAAAGUGAAGAUCAUGCUUGACUGGGAUCCUACUGGAAAGCUUGGGCCAAAGACACCUUUACCUGAUAAUGUUAUAAUUCACAUGCCUAAGGAUGAUGUUGUUGUCCAUCCACCAAAAGAGGUGGAGGAAUACAGGCCACCACUUGUGAUUGCUGAUGAGCCUAUUCCAAUGUCUGUUCCUGUUGGUGUUUAAAGCAGCAUGAAAUGAGAGAGAUGAUAGUUGUAUGUUUGAGCAGAUACAGACAGUAUCUGAAACUUUUGCUAAGAUAAUUUUUCUUUCUAGUUUUCAUAUGUUUUGAGGUUGAUGGAAUUCUCAUGUCUAUUCAAAAUUUUGUACUCUUCUUCAAAUAUGACCUUUUUACUUUCUAGUGUAUUGUGAUUAAGUGAUUACUAAUGCAUAUAUGGGUAUAGCCUUCGGCUCUAGGUGGAGGUGAACAGAAGACCUAUGCAUGACCUAUAAUGGGCUAACUCAAUCAGCGCUGAAGUAUCCGCUAUUCCAGUUUCAUCUAUAAUGGGUUACUUCUAUAUUAUUAUUGUUAUUGAUAUAAUUAGCCCAAUUUUUGGUUAUAAUAAACCCAGAUACCCAAUAAACCAUAUAUAAAACCUAAUUAGAAAGUAAAAAAGCCGUUGUUUUCAUUCUUCAUCGCUCUUUCUGUUUUGGUUUAUUUCUUUGAUGUUGUGCAUAUUUGGACCAAUUUGUGUUUUUAUCAAAUUUGGAAGCAAACCGGUGGAACCAUUUUAGUUUGUCUGAGUAGACGUUUUUAGUCAUGGG